AUGAGCCUCGCUCAACUGAUAAGCUGGUCAUCCGGUACUCGCGCCUCAAAUCAGUCUGGGGAAGAGGAUUGUCGUCAACGUAGCGGAGGCCCGCCCGGUUCUAAAUUCCUCGGAUCAUACACCACACUGCGCCAAACUAAAAAGAAGGGUCCACCACCACGGACUGGUGGAGCUCACGUCACAUCUACAGUCCAUCGCGGCCUUUCGACGGGAGAACCCCGGGGCGCUCACGGACGGCCAUCAUCUGGCUCGGGUGCGGUUGAUCAGUUGCGCUACACGGCACGCACCCAAUCUAGAUGUUGGCGGUCGGAGCAUGUUGGAGGGUGGGAUGUGGGAUGGUCCGCCCACCUCGACGAAUCGUCUUCAUUCCCUGGCCACCAAGUGCGAUGGGUGGUCGAGUCGGCUGAGCCUCCUUUGAACUCCCCAAGCGUUAGCGGAUGGCGCGAUGCAGCUGGCGUCGCUUCUGAUUCACCCGCAAGCAACGCACUCUCGCACGGCGGGCAUAAUGGCCUGCAUCUGGACGCCUCAACCGCAACUCGGCCCUCGUCUCAUCUGCGGCGUCGGCCAACGACCGACGCCGUGCAAGAGGGACACACCAGACGCCGGACACCGGACCUCAGACACCAGACACCCAGAAUAGGAGGGUGGGAAUGGAGGGGGAGCAGGGGUGCCGUCGUGGAUUUCUCCCCCCAAAACUUUACCCCUCGAUCUGGUGGGGAAUUGUCCAAUCUCCAUCAACGACAGGCCACUUCUACAUCGCAGGGUCGCGGUGAGUGGGAUGAUGCUACUUCUCCCGAGAAGCCAUCUACGCCAUUCGUCGGAAUGCCAAAGGCGGCCGAGACGGAAUUCAGAGGAAUCCGUCCACGGCACCCGUCGCGCACUAGGGAGCGGCCGAAGAAUUGAAGCGAGUGAGCAGAUGUUCCGAUCCAGGUGGUCCAAGUCUGCUUCCAAGCCACCCCGCUGAUGCGGCUGCACAUCUGCAGAAGUAUCCUGACUCUGUUUCCCAGUCAUGCCCCCUGCUUCUUUGCCUGCCUGCCUGCGUGGGCCAUGUUUCACCAGCGCCCGUCGAAUAGCGAUGGAUGGUUUCUAGAUGCCAAUGCGGUUCUUGGUCGGAUUCCAUUGUGCGUAAUAAAGUACACGAAUACGUACUUACAGC